AUAAUGUAAGUUUUACUAUUUUCUCUACACAAUACCAGUUGUACUUAAUAUAGAUCACCAUUUUUUAAAAGCAAGAUUAAUCUCCAAUGGGCCAAAUUUCUUAAUUAAAAAAAAAACUUAAUUAUCAAAUUUUAUGUAAUACCGAAAACAGAAUAAUUUUGUAGCCUGACGAUAUCCCCAAUCCCCAUUGGAGAGUGAAAAAUGGCAAACCCUAGACAGUGAAAGGACGAUUCAAUCUUGUUGUUUCAGGCGCAAGCUACUAAAAACGAUGGAGCACGAUCGAGGGAAACCCUACUCUGUUCUAACGAGAAAUGAAAUUAGCGUAAAGAUGAAGAAACAGAUCAAUGAAAUCUCUGACAUCUUCUGCAUAUCAAAAUCCGAUGCGACCGUACUUCUUAUGUAUCUCCGAUGGGAUUCGCUUCGUGUUUCAGAGCGUUUGGGUGAAAAUAAGGUGAAGUUAUUGAUGGAUUCAGGUUUGGAAUCAGUUGUGAUUGAUCCCAAUCCUGAUUCAUCUAGCGAGAUUAGCUUGGAGACAGAUGUUUAUGAGUUUGCUGAUGAUGAUGAUGAUGAUGAAGAUUAUAACGAUGAUAAUGAUGAUUUGAUCUCCACGCCCUUUUGUUCUCACAAGUUCGACACAACAUAUUGGAGAGAGUAUCUUGAGAAGAACUUUUACUAUGUGGAGAAAAUCCAAACUGCAAUCUCUU